UACCAUUCCGCUCUUCUUCCUGGUUCCUCUUAUCUUCCUCGACCUCUCCUACCUACCUGUUAACUUUUCAGUGUUUAAAUUCGAUUGGAGUCCAUUGUGAUGUUGGUUCAUUCAUGGCGGAACAUUCUUGCUCGAUUCGUGGUUUUAGGGCCUUAGUGCGCGUUUUCCUUUCCUCGAUUUGCUGCUUUCCGUAUUAAUUUGGGCGAAUUGGGCAGCACAAGAUCAUACGAAUCGGAUCCGCAUGCUUUGAAAAGUUUUUUUUUCUCUCUUUGGUUUCAUAUGGGAUCAACCGACGAAGCUAUUGAAAUUGACGUCUUGGAGAGACGAUUAUUAUCAGGUUCAGUUACAAAUCGAUAUAAUGAAGCUGAAGAAGACACAAUCCUGCACACUGCAUCCUUUUAUGAGAUGGAAGAAAAAUAUGUCAAGUACCAAACGGUUCAAUGGAUUCUGUAUUCCUUGCUUCUGAUGCUAGCAUGGGGAAUUGGGGCCUUGAUGUUGCUAUAUUUACCAAUUCGAAGACAUAUCUUGCGAUCUGACUUCCGCUCUCGCAAGCUAUAUGUGACUUCCAAUGCUAUUGUGUAUGAGGUAACAAGACCAGUAGCUUUUCCUUGUUUUGGAGUUUUGACGAAAGAAAAGCAUGUAGUGCUUGCCUCAGUUGCAGAUAUUGUAGUUGAACAAGGUUAUUUGCAAUCCUUCUUCGGCAUAUUUUCUGUCAGAAUAAAGAAUACAGGUGUACGAAGGCCUCCAAGUGAUGAUGUUCAAAUCCUAGGAAUUUCUGAACCUGGGGCUUUCCGCAAGGCUGUUCUGAUGCAUCUUUCAAAUACGAGGAGUGAUAUUCUCAGCAAGCAAAUUUACAUGUCUGAAGAUCCUCAUACACUUGGUUCUGGUCCAUCUACCAGUUGGGUUCCCCCUCCUGGAGAUAUUAUAUUGCAGAAACUUGAAGAGAUUGGAAAUUCUGUCAAGAAAGUGCAAGCUUUAAUUGAGAAGAAAUUCCAAGCACCAGAGCUUUCAGAUUGAGGUAAGCAGACUUAUUGAGGUUGAAGAAAUCAGUUUUUCAAUAAAUGCGACUUUUGGAACAUUAUAAAGCAUUGCCAAAUUGAAGCACAAUUUCAAUUUUGAUAUAUUUGAUCUAAUGGACUUCUUAGCUUUCUUGUUUGCAUAUAUUGUUGUAAAUGCUAUCACUUACAUCUGGCAAGGUCCAUUCAAAUGAUGAAAGAUCCCACUUUGUUCCUCAUUUCUCGAGUUUUAUUAUUUUCCGAGAUUCGCAUGGGCCAUUAAAUAUUAAUUGAGAUUUAUUAUUUUCUCUGCCUAAGUUGUUGGAUAACGUCGAUCCUGGGAUGACCAAUUCGGUCUCACGGAAAUUUUUUACCGGUCACCAGGAUAAAUCAGGAAGCGCUCGUAGCGGGCAGUCCAGGAGCUCAGCAUCAUUUAGUUGCGUGACUCAUUUGGAAGAAUUUUUUUUUAUAAAUUUGUCAUAACUUAAGCUCGAAUAGUGGAUAUUUGGGUAAUAAUUUGGAUGUCUUGUCACGGGGGUAAUAGAUGAUUGAUCUAAGAAUAUUAAGUUCAUGGAUAUUAUUUAUUUAUAACUAUAGAAAAUUUUUAUA